GAAAUCGUUUUUUAAUCCAAAAUAAUAGGGAACAAUCUAUGUGUUUAGUUGAAAAAUGGAGAAUCUCUGUAUGUUUGUGUGCUGAGUUUUGAAUUUGAAGGGAGAACAAGAUUUUUUCUGGAAAAAUAUUACGGAACCCUAGCAAAGCCUAAAUUUGAGAAAAUCAGACAAACCAAAACCAAUCUCCUCUCACUCGAUAGACCAAAAAAAAAAAACAGAUAGCAAAAUAUCUGGGUUUUAGAGCUGCUAGAUUCUUGAGCUCGAGAAACGAGUUUACAGUUUUUAACAGAAAUUCUAGUUGCGAGUUGAAAUUUCUUUUAAGGCGUGAGGUGAGGAAUGUUGCAACUCUGGAAGUCGUAUUUUCGGCUUGAAAUAACAUUCCAGGUGAAGUCAUUAAUACUUUGUACAUACUCGACACUACCGAAGAUUUCUCAAGAUCGGAUUUGAUUGCACCUCUGAAAUUUUCCGAUGCUGAAUCAUUAGGAGAUUAGACGUUUGGCGCGGGGCGACGAGCGGGGCCAACAAAUAUUAACGAAUAAGGAAUGAAUGCUGGUUUAGUGGAUUAUGGGCGUAUAGGGCAUUCUAUCGGGUCUCACAAAUUUUAUCCGAUUUGCAACAUAAAGAGAGAGGGGAUUGCUAGACUGCGCGAUCCUUACACUCGCGGGAGGCGGACUGUCAUUCCAGCUAUGGAACAACUCAAGCCCCAGAUAAUGGCGACAAAGGGCAAUGAGAAGCAGUCAGAAGUUGAUCCAAACAAUGUUAUUCCUUCUUUCGAGGUAGCAAAAGAGCUCCUUCCAAAUGCCCUUGUGUGGGCUUCUCUACAUGGCUUUGUUGUUGGGGACAGGGCUGUACAGAGAUCUGGACAUAUACCAGGUGUUGGCUUGACACAUGCUCCAUUUUCUCUCUUUCCAGCACCUUUUCCUGAAACUUGUUGGAGUCAGGCCUGUGAUUUGGCUCCCUUAUUCAACGAACUCGUGGAUAGAGUAAGCAUGGAUGGAAUUUUCUUGCAAGAGUCACUAUCCGGGACACGGAAGGUUGACGACUUCACUGCUCGACUGUUAGAUAUCCAUUCUAAAACAUUGCAAGAUAACAUAAGACAGGAAAUACGCCUUGGUCUACACCGUUCAGAUUAUAUGCUAGAUACUGAAACAGGAUCAUUACUACAGAUAGAGCUAAAUACGAUUUCAUCAUCUUUUGCUGGACUUGGAUGCCUUGUUAGUCAGCUUCACAGGUAUUUGAUCAAACAUUUUGGGGAUCAACAUUGCUUGGAUUUGAAAAGAGUGCCUGAAAAUACUACAAUGAAGAGAUAUGCAGAGGCAUUAGCCCAUGCCUGGAAAGAGUUUAAUGACUUAAGUUCUAUUGUGCUGGUAGUUGUGCAGCCAGAAGAGCGCAAUAUGUAUGAUCAACAUUGGAUUUGUAUGCUCCUAAAAGAAUUAUAUGGGGUGUCAACGGUCCGGAAGACUUUAGCUGAAAUUGAUGCUGAGGGAGAAAUUUUAUCAAAUGGAAGUCUACAAAUAGGACAGCGAGUUGUUGCUGUUGUUUACUUCAGGGCUGGUUAUACACCCAUUGAUUAUCCCUCUGAAGCAGAGUGGAGGGGCAGGCUGAUGUUGGAGAUGUCUUCUGCCAUCAAAUGCCCAUCAAUUUCAUAUCAUCUUGCUGGCUCGAAAAAGGUUCAGCAGGAGCUGGCUAAACCCAAUGUUCUUGAAAGAUUUAUCAAUAAUAAAGAUGAUGCACUCAAACUUCGGAAAUGCUUUGCUGGAUUAUGGAGCUUGCAUUCCAAUGCAAAAAUUAUACAGGAUGCAAUCACAAUGCCAGAAGCAUUUGUUCUUAAGCCACAGCGUGAAGGAGGAGGAAACAAUAUAUAUGGUAAAGAUGUAAAAGAAAAAUUACUUGAGUUGGAGAAAUAUGGUGGUGAUGGACAUGCUGCUUACAUACUAAUGCAAAGAAUUUUUCCUCCAAUUCACACUUCAUAUCUUGUGCGGGAUGGUUAUUGUCAACAAACCCAAACUGUAUCUGAACUUGGCAUAUUUGGUGCUUACUUAAGGAACAAAGAAAAUGUGCUAAUAAAUAACCAAAGUGGUUAUCUAAUGAGAACAAAAGUUGCCUCUUCAGAUGAGGGUGGCGUUGCUGCAGGCUUUGCUGUUCUGGAUAGUAUUUAUCUAACUUGAGACAUCCAUCAAUUAUACCAAAAUAUCAUGGUAAUAAAUAGCAUUCCAGCAAUUGGUUAGUAUUUUUUUUGAAAUUAGCUAUUUAAGCAAAAGCAAACAUGUACUUGAGCUUGAAUGUGGAUUUAUUAUGUCCAUUUAUUGAUAUUGAAGUUCACAGGCUUCACCAGACACUAUAAAUUGCAAUUGGGCCUGUCUUUAGAAGUAGUGAAAGUAGAAAUAUGAAGUACUUAGCUGCUGACUAUCAUUGAUAAGUGUACUGCUCCAACAUAUUUUUAAAAUGUAGGGAUUGCCUUUUUUCUUAGAUACAUGCAUGGAGAAUGUGCAGAAACUUGAUUUGUCAUAAAUAUAAAAGCUACGUGUUUUUUAUUC